CUUUUUUUUGGUAGGGAGGGGCUUAUUUUAGUUGCCUUAGUAAAGACUUAGCGCUAUGUUCAGAACUACUGACGUUAUACAUUAAUUAAAAUGUAGCCGUUGUUAUAUAUUUAAAAAGGAUUAGCAAAGUUUAUUAUAUUCAAGACAACACAGCAAGGGAAGGAGCAUUAUAGCGUAACAAACCCUUCAGCCUCAGGACCAAAACCAUCUGUGAGAAAAAUACAACCAUUGUAUAACUGCUCCACUGUUGUUUAUAUCUCCUUGUUCUAACCAGUAAAUCAUUCAUUAAGACAUAAACAAACUGACACAUGCAACAAUGUCCAUGGCCCUGAAGCAAGUCUUCAACAAGGAGAGGACAUUCCGGCCAAAGCGUAAGUUUGAGCCCGGGACACAGCGCUUUGAGCUGCACAAGAAGGCCCAGGCGUCUCUGAAUGCAGGCCUGGACCUGAAGCAGGCGGUGGCGUUGCCCCAUGGAGAAGACCUUAAUGACUGGGUGGCUGUUCACGUGGUGGACUUCUUCAACCGCAUCAACCUCAUCUACGGCACCAUCAGCGACUCCUGCACCGACCAGACCUGCCCCGUCAUGUCCGGAGGGCCCAAGUACGAGUACCGCUGGCAGGACGAGCACAAGUACAAGAAGCCCACAGCCGUGCCAGCCCCAAAAUACAUGAGCCUGCUGAUGGAAUGGAUCGAGGUACAGAUCAACAACGAGCACAUCUUCCCCACCAACGUUGGUACUCCCUUCCCAAAGACCUUCAUGCAGGUAGCUAAGAAGAUUUUGUCUCGCCUGUUCCGUGUGUUUGUCCACGUCUACAUCCAUCACUUUGAUCGUGUGAACCAGAUGGGUGCAGAGGCCCACGUCAACACCUGUUACAAGCACUUCUAUUACUUUGUAACAGAGUUUAACCUCACAGACCACAAGGAGCUCGAGCCACUGAAAGAGAUGACAUCACAGAUGUGCCACUAAGGGAGCCCCAUUGACCACUUGAUAAAUUCCAGCUUGAAGACUAGUUCCGUCCCAUAUAGAAGACUGAAACAGGAAACCAAAUCUAAAAUAGUCUAUUUUUUAUAAACAAGUAAUGUUAUCUUUUUUAACCAUGUAGGUUUGUCUAACCAGGAACCUUGUAAGGCAUUCUCUUCAUUUUAAUUUUUAGAAAAUGAGCACAGUAUUAAGAGAUUUUACUUUAAAAAAAAAGUUGAAUCAGUCCUGUAAUUUAGUUCUUGUUCUCUUAUCUAAAAUGAAUAUGUUUUUGUACAUAUCUAAGAUUGUAGUAUGUGGAGACAUUAAAUGUACUCCGUGUUCCUGCUCUAAACUCAGUGUCAUAUGUUUAAUUAUGAAAUGGGUCGUUUUGAUGCUGAUUAGACGAGCAGCGUUCGAAGCCGUGCAGUAUUGUCAUACAUUUGUAUUUUUCCCGGAAUAUACAUUCAAACUGGUAUAUUGUUUGUGUAUUACAUCUAUUCAAUUGUGUUGUUUUGUAAAAUAACUGAGAACAAGGCCUGUGGAGUGAGGCCAAUCAACAUAGUAAAACAGUCAUGCAGGUCUUAAGUUAGUCCACAAGGUGGCGAAAGGAGCACACAUAAAUACGGCUGGUGAAAGGGUUGAGUUUAUAUUGUAGCAGGAAGUCCAUUCAGUGUUGAAUACCCCCACUCAAAUGAAAAACAUAUCUGCCUACCUUAGUACUAUGGAAAUACAGUUUUAAGGACACCUUAGGCAAUAUAAAGUUACUUUUUAAGUUAAGGUUGUCUGUUGGAAGUGAUUUGAUCUGGACUAGCCCUAUGUUUGAGUCAAAUAAUAUACCAAACAUAGGAGUCCUGAAGUGAACUGAAUGUUUCAUCCACGUGUGCUGAUUGUUCACUUAUCUCCUUUGUUAGUAUUGUCCCAGUUUGAAUAAGGAGAAAUGAAAUGAAUGCCAUUUUGCAGGGUUCCCCAACUGUUGUUGGACCUAAAAGACUUAAAAACACCAACGCAGCUCCUUGUCAUUUUAAUUCUGGAAAUCUUUUCCAAAGUAUUCCCGUGCACAAUAGAGACAGUUGAAGUCAGAAUUUA